AUGUUCAUCAUACUCCUGCUGUCAUGUUUAACCAUAAUAGGCUCUGCAGUACCAGUAAGUCUCUUAUUUAUUGGUGAUACUCUAACAAUACUUCCCAUGUUGUCUUUGACUUUUUUUUUUAACCUGAUGUGCAACCUGCUUUUGCAUUUUCAGGUUCUUCCUAGUGACCCUCCUCUCGAGGUUUCCCAAGGGGGACCCACUGAAGCUCAAACAGCUCAACCUCUUAAGGUCACGAAUCAGAAGCCUGAUGCUUCUCAGACACCAGCCCCCCAGGUGGAGCAACCACCGCCUGGGAUCUCCCAGCAGCCAGGGUUUCAGGCUCAAGGUGGAGUCCAGUUUCUGCCUCCUGCACAAUUCUACACCUGGUAUCCACUAGGGGGCAGUCCAAUGUUUAUCCCUCUGCAGCCCAGCAUUGGAGGAUCAACUAUGAACCAGCCGUCAGUCCCACAGCAACCCCUGGUAGGACAAAAAGAGACGGAAAAGAAAAAAAAACUUAAAAUUUUGAUAAACAGUGAGUCAAAAUGAAACUUUUUUUUUUGUUUUUCUCUUCAGCUUUUCUCUCCUUAUAGUUACUUCCCCUUCUUUUCAUCCCCAUACAUGAAUCAAAUGGUGAGUAAACAUUAAGAAAUUAACUUUCUACAUUCUUAAUCCAAUCCUAAUCCAAUCAUUAUGCACUGCAGACAUUACUUUGUGCAUUGUACAGCUUUGUGCACACUGUAUUGCACAAGUAUUUCAAACCACUCAGUUCUUGGCCAGUUAUACCCAGAGGUCUUAAAAGAGUGCCUGCAGUGUAUGUUUGGCUGUCAUCACUCACAUAGCAUAACAGUCAGUGCUGUUGAAAUUGAGACGUCCUUAUUUUGCUGUUACAUGAUUUAUGGCUUCGAUAUAAUCUGAAACAUAAAUCCUGGUUUGUCUUGAAAAUGUUUAUCUGCCCUGAGCCAUACUGCUGCUUUAACUCUCUGUCUUUAAAUGUCUGAUAUUUGCAGAGAGAGAGAGAGAGAGAGGGUAAAAAUAGCAGUAUGGACUCCAUGCAAAAGAUGAUGAUGUAAAAUAUACAUGUCACUUUUCUCUUUGCACAGUUUUCUCCACAUGGAUGGAACAUGCCUCCACAAAAUCUAGCAAAUCAACCUCAGAACAGUCCGGCGUUACCUGCAGAAACCCCUGCUGCUGCCGCUGCAGUGCAACCUGUGGGGAAUGCACCUCAGCCAGUGCAGCAGCAGCAGCAACAACAACAGGUGACUCUACUUCUAUAGAGCUGAAGAAAAUAGCAGAACUUACUCUGCUCAAAAUUGUGCAAAGUCAGUGGAAAGGAUAAGUUGAAGUGUUCUCAGACUCUUACAUUCUUCCACAGAAUUCUCAAGUUGUCUACAUGCUCCAGCAGUCCAUGGUAAAAGCAACAUUAACUCUGUAACCCAUUCACCAUGAUUUACGCUCAGUCUGGAUUCAUACUUCUCUUAGUGAUGAUGUUUUGUUUGACAUUUGCUGUUAUUCUUUCCCAGAACCUUCCAGUUGGCAGUCUCAGCUCAGAAGAACUCGAGGUGACUCCGCCAAGAUUUUAACCGCUCUUCAAGCUUGUUCAAACAAUCUGCGCUGUGAACUCAGUGAUCCCUCUGAUGUUUCCUCUUCGCCCUCCCUCGCCUCUAACAAACUCUCUCUUCUCUUCUUUGUUUCAGAUGGCGGCUAACACGGGCCAGCUGGGUGUGUACCUGACUUCUGUGCUCACAAGCCCACCUGCAGGUGCCGUUCAGCCUGUAAACCAAGCCGCUGGACUGAAAAACCCAGAACAGCAAAGCUUAGUGCCAACUGUGGGGACCUCGUCAGCUGGAGCGGCAGUGACACAGAGCCUACAGCCCCACGCUGAAGUGAUCCCUGCAGGUCUGGAGGGACCGACAAAGUCAGCAGGAACAGUCCAAACACCUGUCCAAGCUGAAGUCCAACCCACACAGGCGAACCCUGUCUGA